UGGUGAAGCUAAGACUAGCCAAAGCCGCCAAAGGGCGUUUACCAACAUCUAGACCGUUCGCUCCGGUAGUUUCUUGCUCAGUUUAGAUUCAGUACAUGUUGACAUCGACGUAGCGCAAUAAGGUAACCGAAAAGGCUGCAGCAGAAGCUGUUUUCUGGUCGUCAGAAUGCGGCGUCGCGUUGGCGGGGUUGGAGCCAUCCAAAAGCAGCAGCUAACCCAGGCACGGUUCAAGGACCGCGGCACAGAGCUUGCUGAAGAACAACUGCAGCAAAUGACUCGGCAGAUGGAGGCAUUCCGGGCCAAGCUGCAGGGAUUUGCUGCUAAGCAUAAGAAUGACAUCCGCAAGAACCCGCAGUUUCGGCGACAGUUCCAAGAAAUGUGCGCCACGGCCGGAGUUGACCCGCUGGCAUCAAGUAAGGGCUUCUGGGCCGACAUGCUUGGAGUCGGCGACUUCUACUACGAGCUUGGCGUCCAGAUAAUCGAAGUGUGUCUUGCGACAUCGCACCGUAACGGUGGCCUAAUGAGCCUCGAAGAGCUUAGGGAGAGGGUGACUAAAUCUCGCAGUAGCGCCCAUAGGCAAGAAGAGAUAACACAGGACGAUCUUCUGCGAGCCAUCGAGAAGCUCAAGGCGCUGGGAAAGGGAUUCCAACUCAUCUCUAUCGGCUGUCGUUAUUUAGUUCAAUCAGUGCCUACAGAACUAAGCCUCGACCAUACUAAUGUCAUUAAGCAGGCCGGAACUACAGGUUAUGCUUCGGUAGGUUCUUUGGUGCAGGAUUUGGGCUGGGACAACGACCGUGCGCAGAAAGCUCUCGAAGAUCUGCUAAAGGAGGGCCUGGUUUGGUUGGACACGCAAGCGCCUAAGGAGCACCUCUACUGGUUUCCCGGACUCGUUCGAUAGCUUGAAAGGGCAGGUGCGCUGCUCUGCCCAGGCCGUUUUGCCUUGCACGCCAAUACAGGCGUUUUGUGUUGCUCGUGUGUACGACACUCGAAUGUUAUUGCAGUGCCCUAUGAGUCACUUUAUAUUGUCUCCAAUUACGGUGCACGGUGACAAAGUUGCAAAAUAAAAUGUUGCUCUGCGACAUGCCA